UGUUAGGCAAUGCAAGUUGAUCUAUUGUUUUGGUGGUGAUCAGGUCAUUUCUUACAUUUGUGUGCUCUGUUUUGGAGUUAUUUUCUUAUUCAGGGAAAUUGGAGUUAAUUGUUGAAGUGUCACCAUUUUUGAGUUAUGGCAGCAACCCCGUUUGAAAAUGGACUGCAUGGUCGACAUGCAAGGCGCCUUGAGCCACGCCAGCCAGUUCGUCAGCCUAACCCUGGUACACGGCACCCAGUGCAUGGACCCCAAGGAGUAGGGCCUUAUCUGACCGAACAUCCGCCCCAUGUGCACCAGCCUCGACCCUACUUCUACGUGCAGCCUGUGCAGCCCCCUCCUCCUCCUGUCUACCACUACCAGUGGCCCAUGCCCUACAACCCAUACUCUGGCUUUCCAGGGAUGGGUUACGGUAUGCCGGGUAUGGUUAUGCCACCAUUCCCUCCCCAACCAUACAUGGAGGCCCCAGGUUAUAUUCUUCCCCAUGCCCAGCUGCACCCUGCUGAGUACAGACAAUACCAGUUUCGUCCUGCUGCCAUGGUCUACCAGAACCACCACAAUAGGUUGAGAACAUUUUACCAGAACACCACACCCAGAGAGACUGUCAACUCCGAAGUACAGACUGAACCACCACCUGAAGCGGAGAAAGACUAUGCUCCCUCAGCUGCCCCUCUGGCUGGGUCAGAUUCUGGAAGAGGCACCAACUCUACCCACUCCACCACCCCAUCCUCGCCAAGCUCCAAUGCAGAGAAACAGAGCUGCCCGGAAGUAGAACCUAAUUCCCCCACAGACCCAUCUGCAGGAACCAAGACCAUCCACUCACGUAGGACCUCUAUAGAGGCACUGGGGAAGCCUGUCCAUGGUGGGGGUCACCUAGUGCAUCAUGAUGUGUGGUCAGUUAGCUCUGCUGAUGGCAUGGUCCCCAUGUGUAGCUCCUCUGACCAGGUGGAUGAGGUUAUCAUGGCUGAGAGGUGUGUGUCCUCCUCCUUCCCAAAUGUGUUGAUCGGCGGCGGUUCGCCUUCCAAAAUGGAGAGGGCACCCAAAUGUGGUCAGAUUCUUACCCAAGAAAUUACACAUGAGAAUACCACAGAGGGCUCCAACGUGGUCAUGACAGGAAGCUGUGAAGGUGUUACGAACUUAGACAAUUGCCACUACAAAAUACUGAAGCUACCUUUUAUCUUUCAUGACUUGAUGACGGAGUCAAAGGUGAAUGAGUCUGUGUGGUCAGUGGAGUCAAUGGCACCAUACGUCCCUUCUACAGAGUGGCUGAUACAAAAUGGACUGAUGGCACCAGAAGAUGUGGCACAGGAGUCGUCUGAGAAAGUUUCAGCUGAUCAAAGCCAGAUGUCCUUUCAUUAUAGGCAGGUACCGAAAAAGUUGAAUGAGUCAGUAUGGUCAGUGCAGUCAUUGGCCCCAUAUGUCCCCUCCAAGGAAUUGCUGAUAGAGAACGUCCUUAUGAAUCCUGAGGUGGUGACUGAGAGGGAAUCUGAUCCUGCUAAGGUCAAUCAAGGCCUCCGAGCCAGUCAGGUCAUUGAUAUAACAGAGAGGAGGAGAAGUCGGCGGUUUUCGCUGACUUUAGAAAAUGUGAAAGAGGCUGAGAAAAUGUCUGACGAGAAUGCUACUCCAUACCAGGAGUCAUUCCAUUAUAGGCAAAUACAGAGAAAUGAUAAGGAGUUUGUUUGGUCAGUGGAGCCUGUGGAAAAAGCCAGUGUGGAUGGUUUGCCUAUUAUGUUCUCAAGCAAAAGUACAAUGAUCCCAAGUCUUGAAGGAUCAUUGAAUAGCACUCAAGGGUCACUGAAACCUAAGGCUCAAUGUAGCCCAAAUCUGAAGCCUCUGGAAGUUACAGAGCACAGGGCUCAGAGCCCCCUCUGCUCUCCAGAUGACCCUGAAACAUAUGCCUCCAAAUGUAUGGCAGGAGACCAAGAGCCUGGUUACAGUUGUCCAGGUCCCUGCAACCAGGAAAUGGAGAUUGAAGAGAAGGAGCCUGCCAAACAGACUGGGCCUGUUGUACCCGGUCGACAGGGCUGCAAGCAGAUGAUCGCAGAUGUUAGGAUGCUAACGGCUCCUUCCUCAAACAGACCGUUCAAGGUGUGUGGUCUGAAGUGUUCAAAGCUACAGGAGAGGAACUGCUCCUGUCAUGAGCCGAAGCUAAACGUUGCGAGUUUCAGGAAGAGCCCCACAGGCAGACUGAAGGAGGGAAAUGUGGCCCCUGAUCUCCCCAAGCUUCAGGAGCAGCAGUGUGGCAUUCUACAGAAUCAGAAACGACAGAUGGAUUCCAGGAAAGCAAACAAGGCCAGGCCUGGUCAUGAAUUUUGUGAAACUGGGUAUGGCCCGAACAAUAAUAAAAAGAAACGGAGACCAUGGCAAAAUGGACCACAGGACAGAACACAGGCACAGACUAACCCAUCAAACUCCCUUGGACAGUGGAACACCCAGAGGAAUGGCUACCAAGAAUGCUGUAAUGGGUAUUAUGGCAGAUCUGGUAAAACAAGAGGAGCAAAUGGGAAAAAAACACAAGGUACUGACUGAAUUGACUGAGGACAAAUGAAAGAUAUUUUAACUCUAUUUAUAGGACUACCUACAGCAAAAUUAAACUUUUUUUAAAAAUAA